CUGCAUGUUAAACCAGACGUUACAAACCAGCAUUCAGCCUUUGCUUGCUUUGGUUUUUUAUUUUUAGUAUUUGGCCCACAACCUGAGAUGUGUAGGAAUGUGUUGUUUGCUGCCGUCAGCAGCAUCUCUUCAACAUAAUUGCAUUUCAGACAUAACUUUGUGUCUUCAGUGAGAAGCUUGUUUUCUUGCUGUUUUUAUGGAAGCUUGGCAGUGCUCAGUUUGUGUCCUCAAAGAAAACUGUUCCCUGCCCAGUUAUGACUUGUAUUAUGGUUUACAGUGAUUCUAACACUUUAAGACAAAUCACCUUUUCAUGCUUCAAGUCAACAAUUCUUUAACUCAUUGACUGAUUAUAGCAUCACAUUGAUUUGGUGAUCAGGCUUCAUUAUGGUCUUCAUCAAGCGUGACCUCGUCAUGCUGUGAGCUGUUGCAUUCGCUCCCGCCAUUUUUAACCCUCCCCCAAGUGUGAGGAAUAGAAAACGCUGAGAGAGAGAACCCGUGUUACAGCCCACCCACUUCUGUUCUGCUGUUUACUCCACUCCCAUCACCCAGCAUCCUGCACCUCCUCAGCAGCAAACAGAGAGCAGGAGAUGCUGAAAGCUCAGAUUGAUGGUUGAAUGCUUUCUGCUCUGCCUCAUUUGUCUCUGGGGCCGUGUUGUCAAAACCCUUGUCCGUUUCAGUCCAAGCAGGUUCAGUUGAUUCGUUUUUACUAAAGUGUGACUUGAAGACACAAGGGUUUUUUUCCUUCCUUCAUCACAGAUGACUCUCGGCCUGUGUGCACACUGAGGCUGCUGUUUGUUUUGCUUGUGAAGAGUUGCUCCUUUUCUUUUUCUUUGGCAAGAUGUUUUUCUCUCCUAAAUUCUCUCCGUCCAUAAUCCAUGUGAGGCUGACAGCUAAAGGCUUACUCGGAAACCUCCAGCGGCUAUCGGGAUGCAGGAGCACUGUGGUGUUUCAGACAGUUGAUAAGAACAAGUCGAAGACAGCGUCACGAAACCUGCAGCCCCCAACAAAUGGCCAACCGGACCUGGUACCACCUGAAAGCAAGUCGAGGAGUGUGGAGUACUAUAAAGCUCUGUGCGAGAAGAAGAACCAAACCAUCCAACAGCUGGAGAACACGGUCCGAUCCGACAACCGCAGGUUCGAGGCUGUUGCUGUGGUCAUAAAGCACCUUUAUGCAGAGCAUGAGGAGGUGAUGAAGCAGCGCAGGGAGCUGUCUCAGGAGCUGAGCACCUUGCGUGAGGAGCUGGUGAGUUCAGCUCAGUCAUGUGAGCGUCUGGAGGAGGAGAAGGAGGAACUGCGUGGGGCCUUGGAUGGUGUUCUGCAGAAGGUUCAGGAGCAGCACCGUUUAGACCUAGCUGACCUGGAGGAGAGGCUGAAGACUUUCUAUUCCACUGAGUGGGAGAAGGUCCAUCAGACCUAUCAGGAAGAGGCUGACAAGUGUAAAGCUCAGAUGGAGCAGCAGCUGGAGGAGUUACGAUCAAAACAUGAGGCUUUGAAGAAAGAACUGGAAGACAGCCAUGUAGAGGAGGUGGACAGCCUUAAACUUCACUUUGAAGAAUCUUUUAAGGAGCUCAAACAGUCUCACGAAAAAGAAAUGGAAACACUCAACACAACACUGAAGAAAUCAGGGGAAAUAUUAUCUAAUCAAAUUCAGGACCUCAUUGCCGAGAAUAACAACCUUAAAGAAAAACUCAAAGCCGAGGAGAUACGAAGAAAAGAUCUGGCUGAGAGAACGCAGGACUCCCACACUCUUUAUCUGGAGCAAGAGCUCGAAAGCCUGAAAGUGGUGCUGGACAUCAAAAACAAGCAGAUUCAUGAGCACGACAAGAAACUCAUGCAGAUAGACAAACUGAUGGAUAAGAAUGUCAAGCUGGAUGAAUGUCUUAAGAAGCUGCAACAAGAAAACGAGGACCUCAAAGCCAGAAUGGACAAACAUGCUGCUUUAUCUAGACAACUGUCCUCGGAUCAGGUGGUUUUGCAGGAAUCUCUUCAGAAGGAAUCCAAAGUAAACAAACGAUUGUCAAUGGAAAAUGAAGAGCUGCACUGGAAGCUUCACAACGGAGAUCUGAGCAGUCCUCGCAAAGUCUCCCCAUCUACUUCCCUGACUCUACAGUCCCCGAGGAACUCUGGGAUAUUCUCCAGCCCUUCCGUCUCACCCAGAUAACAGUAGCCUUCAGCUUCCAGGAAGCACCGUCGUGGACUUUUAAUUGGACAGAGCACUUCCUGCAGUCUGAACCAUAUCAAUGGCUGGAAGCCUGUUCAAAUGGAAUGAACUCUUUAACUCGUGUACAGAUGAAUGACAUAAAGACUAUAUUGCACAGAAGCACUUACCAAUGAGGCCACCUUUGUAUUUUAGCCUUUCAUGUCUGACUUUGGCGUAAAAAAAGGAAUCUCAGGGCUUGCAGGUUUCUCGUGUUUUUUUUAAACCUCAGAGUAUUUGUCUCCAGGAUUUAUGUUUAUUUCCGGUGUUUUGCAUUUGUUUGUGACUGGCUGUCUGAAUCUUUGAGGGUCUUUGACAAGUUACAAUACUUUACCACCAGACGCCUUUAAGUGUGCCUGUAUUUUUCUUGGCCUGGAUGCAAAUAUCCAAGUGUCAGCAAGCCGGUGGUAGUUUCCCAGAUGCAUGUAGUGUUUGGCAUCCCUCAAGAUUUUUUAUUUAUUAUUGUGGACCUCAGAUUCCAGAUGAAAACAUCAUGAACUUUCUGAAGGAGCACUUCAUAGAUCAACUUAUGCUGUGAACUUCAUGCAGGUGCCUGUUGCAAAACUAUGCUGGUCAGCUUUGCCCAUUUCAAGACUUUCUCAACAUCUGCUACAUGUUUCGUCCUAUCAUCUGUGUAUGUGCUUCAUAGCAGAGCAUCUGUAAAAUGAUCGAGACGAAUGAAUUCUAAAUAAUGGAUUGAAAAACCUGAAUGUCUGUAUUAGCAAUUAAUGCAGGAUGAUUUUUUUGUCCCAUCUAUGCAGGAUGAUUUUUUGUCCCAUCUAAGCAAUCAGAGAUGCAGUCUAAUAAUAAUAACAAUACUAUGAUGUUAGAACUAAAGAGUGCUUUGAUAUUGAAAUGGCAUGAUGUCAUUAUGACUGAAGGCGUGUGCUGUUGAGAAUCUUCGAUUUUUCAUAACUACUUGAAUACGGGUUUUGUAUCAUUUAGUAUGAUUGAGCUCUGGGGACAGAACUGAGUGUGCGUCGUAUUGUUUGUUUUAUAAGUGUGUUUAUGAAUAUGAGACCAAACACAAUGUAAAUGACCCAGCAUGUUCCAGUGGCCUCGAGCACCCCCCACUGUCUGAACCCCCCACUGCAGCUUUAAAUCCAAGCUAGUUACAAAGACCUUUAAAGUCGAAAAUAGUUGUUUUUCUGUUUUGAAAUGUAUUACUUACCUGUUUGAGUGAGUGUUGGUGUGAAACUGAAACUCCUGAAAAUAUGCAAUUAAUAAAGUCACAUGUUGAAAU